UUUCCUCCUUUUAGAAGGCCGGGAUCGAUUCCAUCGCCAGUAUUCCUCGAUAUUCCAGGAUUCGCUGGAUUCUCUUUAGAGGUCCGGACGAUCGGCGGGACCAGGGCGGCCAUCUUGGAUUCGGUCUCGUGUCUUCCGGAUAAAUGGACCACGGAAGGACGCGUUGAUGAGACCUACUCGAGACACUCGUACCAGGCGGCAGACUCGAGCAGGUGGAGCGCGAUGUACCUGCGGAAGGUGCAGGAGUGGAUUCAGUGAGCGGCGAGGAAGCUGCACGAGACCCUGAAGAGAAAGGGGAACCGAGGAUGACCAGAGAGGUGGGAGGAGCAGUGCUCCUGACCGUGACCUUGGCCCUGACUUUGUCUCUCGCGAGUCUAGCCGCGGGGUCCAAGGUCGAGGUCGUCACGAGGGAGAUCAAGGACCCCGAAGAAGCCGAGAGGGUGGAGCUGAACGAGGUUCUCCAGGCGAACGAGACCGAUUACUCGAAGGACCAUCCCCACGCUCUUCAGGGUAAGCCUUCGAGGUUCGACCUCGACGCGACCCAGCUGAUCCAGGUGGACGCGAAGAGUCCUUCCGAAGAGGACGCGAAGAGUCCCUCCACGGAGCACCCGAUCGCCCCUGACUCCCCGAAGGAUUCCAAGGACAUCUCUUCCUGGUGCGAGGUCAACUUCACCUCGAAGUGCCUCGAGGACUACUUCGAAGAGGUGGUCGACGGGCUCGCAAAGCUGGACACGUACAACCUGACAGGAUACGUGCAGAUCCUGAAAACAGGAAACGGCACUCAGGGUGGGGAUCGUCCCGAAACUUUUCUGGACAAGGUUGAACGAUAUGCCAGGGAGCACAUCCUGAGGAUACAGAUCCCGAAGGAGCUGCUCUCUCCCAGGAAGGCUAGGACCUUCGGAGCCGUCUUUCAGGGAAAGAGUACCUUUUUAACAGGGUUCGGACUUGGUUUUCUAGCGUUCGGCCUGAAGAAGUUGCUGUUGCCGCUGAUCAUCGGCGCCCAGAUCAUCAAGAGCGUCCUCAUCGCGCUUUUCCUCCCAAGCAUCAUCGGCAGCAUCGGUAAAAUCGUCGGCAAGAGUGUCAGCUCUUUCGCGCAGUCCUCGCAAGGUGUCACGGCACAGCCCGAAGAGACCUUCGAGUUCAAGGACAACUCCGACCUGUACAACGAGGACUACAUGACCCGACAACCUCUCGGUACUCUUCCGGCAGCGGCCAUGUACGACGAAACAAUGGCUUCCAAUCAAAAGAACCAAGAAAUCGCGUCCAGGCUGAGCUACGUCGACCACAGGAUCUCUCACAUGAAUGGACUGUCGGAUCGGUACUACAACAGACCCUCGUCUUCGGCGAUGCAUCACAGCUUCACCAAGAAGCAGGACUUCAAGGUUUUCCACGAGAUUCCCUCGAGUUCGUUGCUCCUGACCAACUACGACCCCUUCUACUCGCCUCUUCUGUCCCGUCUGGAUGCCGUAUUCUCCAGGUUGGGACACACCACCGAGCCCUGCAGGGAGUAUGCCGUUUGCGCGAUGUACAGAAGUCCUGCCAGGUACGCACCGUACUCCAACCUGGUCUCGGCUCAGCUGUCGAGGGAGCUGAACGAGCUGCGGAAACCCAGCUCGGACAACCCGGACGUCCUGCGGUUCUUCAGGUACAUGAAGGCCGCCAAGGAUGGCCAGGAUGGCCUCAACUGCGAGGACAUGUACAGUGGGUGCGACCUGCCCAGGGAGGACCACUCUUUUAGGCAGAACCAGGCCAUGUUGGCUACUUACCAGGACAUCGACAAGCUGGUGCACGCCAGGAAGCUGUGAAACGGAGGACGAGGGUCAAGGAUCAUGGGAACCAGGGCAGGUUUCAAGAGAUCCUGACAACUCGUCCUCGGGUCCUUGCCGAAGAAGCUGGAAGACGCACCUAGGCAGUGAGGAGCAAAAUGGUGCAAAUAGCUUUUUUUGCUCAUAAAUUUGCUCAUCGCUGUGCCUGGAAGAGUAUUAACGAGGAAUGGUAGCAGAGGUUUAAGGGGAUGCGGAAGUGCCGUCAAAGAGGUCUAGUUUAUCAAUUUUUACUCCAAACUCGGUGUACCGAUUAGUUUACAUAUUUACAACGUGAAUGGGAUGAGUUUCAUGAACCAUUGAUCAGAUGCCUCUUUCGCACCCCCUUAAGAUAUGGACCAGGGGAUAAUUGGUUAAUGGUCAUUGGAACGAUGAUCUGGACCCUGGUGGUCCAAGAGAAUUGGUUCUUUUAUUUUUUUCCAUGGACCUGGAAUUUUGGAAUAUGGUCAAGAUGAUCAAGAUGGAGUCAGACUCGAAGCGAGUGAUCGGUGGAUGUGAUAUGGUCGAUUGAUAACGUUUACUCGAACAUAAUCAGUGUCGGAUCGAGUCCAAGUUGCGGGGAAUGUUCCUCUCCGUCAACUUUUCUGUCUUCUUCUUCCUCCCUCUGCCUUCUACUUACCUUUUCGUAUUUACUCGUUGUCUUCUCCAUUUGUUCAUCCGAAGUGCGGUUAGGCGCGCGCCACAAUGCGGCCAUUGCGCAUGCUCGAAUGCCUGGGAACGACUUCCCGUGUUUAUUUAUUUAUUUAUUCCCUUAUUUAUCUCCUUGGGAUCGAGCCCAGGUGGAAUUUGCAUAAUGGUCGCAUCCAGCUCCGGCUGCGAUAAUUUUGCUUGUAAAUGAGUGUUAAACAUAAGUUCUCGACUAAGU